UAUCAAUCAUCGAUCAAUUACUAACCCCGCAACAACCACCAAACUUUCCACCCGACCUGCACAAGGUCACGCAAGAACCAAAACCACACACACUCACACAUACAUAGGGUGUUCAAAACCCCCCUCUCCCUCUCUCCAGACAUAAUUCAAUUCAAUUACAAUUCUUAUCAUGGCCGGGCGCAAACCCGCCUCGAUAUCGCAUCUCGCCGAUCUCACCCCUCCAUCGACGGAACGAUGCUGGUUAACCUCACCUCACCCCACGCAACCCAUCGUCGCGACAUGCAGCUCCGACAAGACGGUGCGAGUAUACUCGCUAACAAAUUUCCAUCUCCUCUCUACGAUAUCAGGCGGCCAUAAGCGCAGCGUCCGCAGCUGUGCGUGGAAACCGCUCGUGAAGGGCGAGAGUGUUCUCGCGACAGGUAGCUUUGACGCAACAGUGGGGAUUUGGAGACGGUGGGAUAAUUAUGGUCGGAAUGCGGAUGGGGUGGAGGAAGAGCAGGAAGAGGAGGGUUGGAGGUUCAGCGCCCCUGGGGCAAAUGGAUCGGGAAGCGAUAACGAAGACGAAGAUGAAGAGUGGCGCUUUGCGGUCCUGUUAGAUGGACAUGAUAGCGAAGUCAAGUCCGUAUCGUGGUCGCCUUCGGGGACGCUCCUGGCUACAUGCUCGCGGGAUAAAUCGAUAUGGAUCUGGGAGGAUCUGGACGAUGGGGAUAAUAACUUCGAGACAGUGGCGGUCAUGCAGGAGCAUUCGGGGGAUGUGAAGUGCGUUUCGUGGCAUCCGGUCGAGGAAUGUCUUGCUAGUGCGAGUUAUGAUGAUACGAUCAGAUUGUGGAGGGAGGAUAUUGAUGAUUGGGGCCAGGUGGCGUGUUUGAGAGGUCAUGGUGGUACGGUUUGGUAUAUUGAUUGGGAAGGAGUUGAGAAUGGACCAUCUGCAACGAACACAUCAGGAGAAGAAGAAGGAGAAUAUGAAUCGAAACUCCGCAGAUGGAAAGAACACCAUGCACUAUCUGGACCACGGCUCGUCUCCUGCUCUGAUGAUCGCACAGUCCGUAUCUGGCGCAGACAGCCGAAAGAGCAGCGUUCAGCCGGCUCCGAAAUCCCUAGCAUCAUUCGCCCAACUGGCCUCGACGAGACAUGGUAUGAAGAGAGCGUACUCCCGAAAGCGCACGAGCUAUCGAUCUACACCGUCGCAUGGAGCAAGCGGAGUGGUCUCGUCGCAUCCACCGGCGCGGACGGUAGGAUUGUUGUAUACGAGGAACGAUUCGUUCCUGCGGACAGCACAACCACUGUUCCUACUACUACUGCUUCCUCUGAAGACACACAACCAAUGGAAAUCGAAAGUGAAACCCCCCAGAAUACAUCUUCUAUCGACCCCACUCUCCGAACAGAGUGGACCGUCCUCGCCACGAUCGAGGCCGCACAUGGUAUCUACGAAGUCAACCAUAUCUGCUGGGCAAAGCGUCCGCGCCGUCAACAGGGCGAGGAGGUGCUCAAUACUUCUUCUUCCUCUGCUGCUGCGGAAGAGGAGAUUCUGAUCACAACGGCAGAUGAUGGAAGUGUCAAAGUGUGGGUUGUUCAGAGGUAGAGCUCUAUAUCAUGUAUCAUUAAUUUGGAACAAGAAAAAAGUGCAUGCAUUUUAUAUUAUAUAUCUUCCGUCUUUUCUCUUUUACGUCAUGUGGAUGGCUCUUCUGGUAUCGUCAUGUUAUCUACAUAUAUUGCAUAUAGAGGGAAAGGAGAGGAAUUGAGGGAGGGGGAAAUAUAUAUCAUAUUUUGAUUUAGAUAUUGAUUGACUCAGUGACGGGAUUAUGAUCGCAAA